CGAUGGUCUACAAUGCACAUGAGGAAAUUUUCCACUAUGGCGAAAAAAGUUUUCCCCCAGGGUUUGAUCGCGCGCCAAACAGACAAAAUAUUGAGAUUCAACGGCGAACUCGUUGAAAGUAAGCACCACCGAUCUUUCCUGAAACGGUUCAAUUUCCCACAACGUGCAACACGGGAAAACUGGAUCCGCGAUGGGUCGUUCCAUGAUGCCGUUUCUGGUCUGCUAAUAACGGCUCAGCUUUUCUCAAUAAUGCCGGUUUGCGGGAUCGGUCAGAAGGACACAGGAAAACUGCACUUUUCUUGGAUGAGCAAGCGAAUCUUCUACUCCUACGGUGUUUGCAUAGGAACCGCGUUCCUGGCAGCAACGAGCACGCUCCGGUUCGCUGAGAAGAAUUUCAACUUUUCUCGAUUGACAGGGGUGUUUUUCUAUUUGUACAACCUCUACGGAAUGUACUGUUUCAUUCGGGUGGCUCAAAAGUGGCCGGCACUGAUGCGAAAAUGGCACAAAGUGGAGCAAUUGCUGCCCCAGAGCAGUAAUAUCCUGGAGCGUGGGAAACUGGCAAACAAGAUCAAAAUGAUUUCGAUUCUUGUAAUUACGCUUUCACUGAUGGAGCACUUGUUGUCGAUUGUUGCUGCCGUGUACUACACUCCGAAUUGUCCGAACAUGAAGAACCCAGUUAAUUUGUAUUUCAAGUCCAACUUCUUGUUCGUAUUUUACUACUUUGAGUAUUCAGAAAUUCGAGGAUUUGUAGUGAAAUUUAUCAACGUGAUAAGUACUUUUGUUUGGAGCUAUAUCGACUUGUUCGUUAUUAUUGUAAGCAUAGGACUAUCUCACACAUUCCGCCGAAUCAAUAAUCAUUUGAUGAUUCAUAAGCGAGAGAAAAUGACAGAACAAUUUUGGGGUGAUCAACGGCAAAACUACCGCAAUAUUUGUGAUCUAGUGCAAUUUACUGAUGAUGCGAUUUGUAUCAUUACCAUGUUAUCUAUAUCCAAUAACUUAUUCUUUAUCUGUGCCUCUAUCCUGAAUAGUUUAAGCACCCAUCCAACUCUAAUUCAUACCGUGUAUUUUUGGUUCGGGCUAGCAUUCCUGAUCGGGCGUACUUUGGCCGUAUCAAUGUGCACGGCAGCGAUCAACGACGAAUCGCAGCGACCGUUUGAAGUUCUCCGAGCAAUACCCCGCGAUGGUUGGUGUGUGGAGGCAAAACGCUUCGCCGAAGAGGUCAUCAACGAUACGGUGGCUCUGACCGGGAUGAAGUUCUUCAACAUGACCCGCAAGCUGGUACUGAAGGUCACGGGAUCGAUCAUUACCUACGAGCUAGUGCUGAUUCAGUUCCAUCAGGACGAUUCGCCGGACCACGAUUUGUGCAAGUUGAAGCGAACAACAAGAGAAUUUCACCGUCACCGGCAUGUCAAUCUGGACCACGAGGGUAGCUAUCAGGCAGUGUUUCGGCCGGUGAUAAUACUGGGUCAAGUGUUCGCCAUAUUUCCGGUGCUGGGAUACGGAGCUGCCCUGGCCGAACGCAUUCGGUUCGAAUGGUGCUCCAUGCGGAUGUUUUACACGUUGACAUUUCAAUUGGGUGGUGCGAUCAUGUCCGGUUUUUCGUUGGCCACGUUCUGGACGACUGGAGUGGAAUUUUCGAAGAUUUUGUCCUGGAUGUUCUUCACCAUCAAUCUGACGAUUACGAUCGGCUUUACCGUAUUGGCCCGCAGAUGGACUGCGAUGAUGACGGAAUGGGAAAGCACCGAGCACAGUCUACCAUUUCGACCGCAACUGACGGCCAGUAACCGGAAGGUUCGUCGGAAGGUGAUAACCAUUAUGACCACUUUGAUGUUGAGUGCCUUAUUCGAGCACGCUUUGGCGAAACCCUCCGGACUUUAUCGGGCCUACCAGUGCGGCAUCCAAGAUUUGCUGGAGGCUCAUCUGAUGCAGGCGUUUCCGGAAAUGUUUUCGUUCAUUGCGUACGACAUUUACGUGGGAUUUGUGGCCCAAGUUGUGACUUCGGUUUUGACCUUCUAUUGGAACUAUGUGGACCUGUUUUUGAUUGUGCUGAGCAUCGGAUUGCGCCAAAAUCUACGCCACGUAAACGAGAUCAUACUGAACUCGAAGGCCCAAUACCAUUCGGAAAUAUUUUGGCACGACUACCGUAAGCACCAUCAGAGGGCGUGCAAUUUGGUGCACGUUAUCGGUCGGAAUGUAUCUUUUCUGGUGGUAACAUCCUUUGCGAACAAUAUGUUUUUCAUCUGUAUUCAAUUGAUUGGAGUUUUGAAACCAUAUCCCGGUAUCAUAGUGGCUAUCUAUGUGUGGUAUUCUCUGGGUCAUCUAAUGACGCGUAUGGUGAUGGUGGCAGUCUAUGCGGCAGCUAUUCAUGAUGAGUCAAGACGAAUUUUGCCAACAUUCAGAACGCUUCCUACGCAAUUUUACACCAAAGAGGUUCAACGGUUCCAUCAGCAAAUGGAGAAUGAAACAGUGGCAUUAACAGGAUUUAGAUUUUUCCAUCUAACACGAAAAUUAAUAUUGAAGAUAUCGGGCACAAUAGUAACAUAUGAGUUAGUGCUACUACAAGUGAAUGACGCAGAGGAGAAAAAUGGAGAUCAGAAUCCCUGUACCUAAAUACUUGAUAAAAGUAAGCUUAUUAACCAUCAAAAACUUUAUAAAAAUACAAUAAAUUAAAUUUGAUAGAGAUAUUAUGCAAAAUAUGUGAAACAUUCAUAGAAGUGCAUGAUAUUUUUAUCUGCAUUUAAUUCAAUUCAAAUAUAUGUAGAGGUCGAGUCAAUUACGUGUACGGAACACUGAAAGCUGUACUGUCAUGUCGAAAUGCGCAUCUGUAAAGUGGCAAAAUGGUGGAAUUAAAUGGAAUAGUACUAAUUCUUAAGACAAGUGUGUGGAGUAAGAACAGAAUUCUUAGCCACUUGUAUUUGUUUAAUGCAAAGAGUUGAAAAAAUUAGCAAGUUUAAGUAUUUGAAAUAUUCUCUCAUCUGAUUAAGAGCAAUGAAGUGGAAGAAUAAUAAAUCAUGGCAAGCCAAUCCGAUGUUGGAAUAUUGCUGACAAUGUUAUUUAAUUCUAAGUAGAAAUAUUCUUGAUAUAAAUG